AUGAAGCCGUUCAUCGGGCUCUGCUUCUUGGUUGGCACGGUGACGGCCUCGCUGUUCUGUCCCUACACCGUCUAUCCUUCGAACCAAAAUGAAAUGGGUAAGUUCUGCUAAGUAAAAAUUUAGAUUAUACUUGCUAUGCCGAGUAACAUGAAGUAUAUAGCAAUUAAAACCUUAUCAAAACACCUUUAAAGCUAUUUUUUAGUCACGGCCACAAUUCAGGCCAAGCAGAUGACUGAAAACAGUCUGUACUACCGUAUCACUGACAACGAAUCCGAUCCCAGCUACAAGAGACUGUCACCUCACUUCAAGUUGAUGACAGUCAGAGACAACAACGAGUGUCCCUUCCGUGGUUGUAUGGUCGAACUAAGUCCAGCUGAGCCAAAGAACCACCAGACUAGACUGUACCAGACCAGUGUCAUCGGGAAGAUGAUCCCUCCAGGAUUCUUCUCGAUGGACGUCAGCCAGCGAUUGUACUGUGUUCUGACAGAAGGCGACUGUGGAGCUACCGUACCACUGUAUCGUCACUACAAAGUAACGCCUCAGGGAAUCUGUAAGUGAACUGAAGUCAGGCCUUCGUUCUUUUAAAAUUGUACUAAGCAGCACUUUAUCCAUAAUUGUAACAGCUUUACUAAUAUCUAUUUAUAUACGUUUAUGUCACCAUUUGCAGUCCACGCCUACACAGUCGACCCAUCCGACGUGAUUGAAGGCUACAUCAAAGAAUCCACUCCAUUGUGCUACGUAUGGGCCAGAAACAAGGCUACUGUCGCCCACGACAAGCCUACUGUCAUACCAUCGUUGGAGAAAAUUAUACCUAAAAUACGGUUUGUAAGUCACGAAAAAGAGUUUGACGCCAACAGCCAAGAAGACAACACACUACUGGACAUCGACGAGCUCUGUGCUCACGACAACAGAAAGAGCUCGGACAGCUCGAUGAAGGAACUUCUGGAGUUCUACAACAACAAGGAAGGCGCCGACAAGGAUCAUCUCUACACCGUGAAGAGGAAGGUCAACGGCUACAAGAAACAGGUAGGUACAGUCCUUUGCAGAAGAUUGGGAUUUGAUAUUACAGUAGACAUGUAGUGUUUUUCUAAAGUUUAUAAUAUGAUGACAUUGAUCAUGUGUUAUAUAAAACUGUGCUUGCCCUUGUAAUAUGUCAUAUUCAGAAAGUUUUGGGCAAGAUCGUGACGGAUGUCAAGAAGUCUGGUUGCAAGUGUUUGGUACAGUUGGCUGAAAUGAAGUUCCAAGCUGCUGGAGGACUACGUAGGUUUACACAUCAAGGGAAUUAAAUUUAGAUAUAAUAUUUAUCAUAUACACAUAAAUAAUGGCUCGAUAUGUCUGUAAGUCAUCGUAUUUCAGCCGGACUGGACCAUAAAUUGGCCAGAGAACAGAUCGAGCCCCCGACCCUGAACCAGUACUUUUUGACCGGAGAACGGUACUACUGUGCACCACAACAAGGAGAAUGUGGAGCUACGGUGCCACUCAGGAAAUGGUACAACUUUGGUGAAGCUGGUACGUUUUUAUGUUAUCAUAGACUAGUCUUGCCAAGUUUUUAAGCUUUAAAGGAAGCUUAUUGUCAUAAGCAUAGACACCUCAACAUACUAUGUCAUAAUCUGCAUAGUAGACACAGUAAUAGCAUUUUCAUUUCCAGACUCCAUAAUCACGGCCGAUUCCGAAGUCGCACCAGCCAUGACUGGGCCGUUCCCAGGCGACGUUCUGUGCUGGAUCUGGCCACAAGAGUAUCGUCAGGACUCUACAGAGUACGAGGUGGAAGAAGAAGGCCUUCAGCCAGUAAAAGUACCUCAGAAGAAACAGAAGAAGGUGGAAUCUGAGAGUGAGAGCGAGGAAUCAGAGAUCCAAGGCUCUGGAUCCGGAGAGGAAACGUCUUCUGAAGAGAGCAGCGACAAGUCAGUGCUACACUUCGAAAGCGAAUAA